CUUGAAACUAGUAUGCAUGAAUUUCCUUUGUUUGCGUCAUCUUGUUUUUUUUUGAUGUAUUUUCUUUUUCUUUCUUUCUUUCUUUUCUUGUAUCUUCUUCAAUGUCAAUUCACCUUCAAAAGCAUAUUCAACAAAGAAGAGUAUUUGGACAUAAAACCUGUUUUGGUAUGAUAUUUUGUUCUUUUUCUCUAUUGUAGGUUAACAUACUAUGGUAGAUGAGCAAGUGUAUUCUGAUAAAUACAUAGUGUCUCAUAUGACACUUGAAAGAGAACUGCCUGGUCAUGAAGGAUGCAUAAAUACACUAGAUUGGUCAGCUUCAGGAGAUUUACUCUUGACAGGCUCUGAUGAUACAAGACUCAAUAUUUAUUCUACUUUUAAUGACUAUCAGAUUGUAAAAACCAUUGAGACUGGGCAUUCAGCCAAUAUCUUUACUGCGAAAUUCAUGCCUCAGACCUCAAAUCGAAUUGUACUUUCAGGCGCCGGUGAUGCAGAACUUCGUAUCUUUGAUCUAACCCAUCCGCAGUCACCACUUGACAGCAUGUAUGCUUGCCAUAGUGAUCAACUCAAGAGGAUAUGUACAUUACCCGAUAACCCUUUUGAAUUCUUUACAUGUUCACAAGAUGGUACUGUCAGACACUUUGAUCUUCGUACACCACAUAUGUGUUCACCUCAUAAUGUCAGGUCAUUUAUUACAGGCAUAAGUAAGCCAGCAAAACAACACCCACUCCCAAGAACAAGUGAGCUGUACUAUGGCUGUUUCCCGCCUGUGGUUGAUUACAGUAAAUUCAAGAUUGAAUUAAACAGCAUGUCUAUCUCCAAACUAUACCCUCAUUAUUUUGCUUUGGCUGGCAUGAACGACUAUAUCUUUCUUCAUGAUCGACGCAUGCUGACUUCUUCCUCGUCUUCUUUUGCUUCCACUGGCAAUGUGCUCAAGGCAUCCAGAUGCAUUAAACGAUUUUCACCUCGGUUGGAUGGUGUCAAUCGACUCAACAAACACAUCACAGCUUGUAAAUUUAGUGAUUCAAAUGGCUAUGAACUUAUUGGUAGCUGGUCUUCUGAUGGUGUCUAUCUGUUCAAUAUACAUGAUUCACCCGUAGGAUCAUCAAAUCAAACAGAGACACUUCAAAGUUCAUCACGUCCGUCCUUAUCCAUAGACGAUACAGACAAUAUAAAACAGAGAAAAUCCUUAUGGAAAACAGUCGUUCGUCGUAUCAAACAAAGACAAAACCAUGCUGCACUCAACGCAUCCAACGAUUUACUCCAACACAUCAAAAGCAAUACACAGCAAAGGUCUUUGCUAGAUUCUGUGAUUGGUGAAACAUGUACUUUGCUCAUGAUUGUCGCUGCUCAUUUCUCUCAACGGUUGGAUCGAGACAACUGGUUUUUUGACCAUCUACAAGACCCUGAAGAAGACUGGAAUCAGUAUUUCUUUAGUCAUGAAUUAGAAACCACACAAGAAUUGUUGAAAGAGGCAGAAGAGUUAGUCAAUACAAUACCAGGUUGGCAAGGUGCUUGGUGUCUGGCUGUGGGUUAUUGGACAGCAAGAGGAGGCAGCCGUUCUAUUGCUGGUGCCAAUCGAUCCUGGUAUUUAGAAAAGAGCCUGCAUUUUAUUGAGAAAGCAAGAAGGAUAUUUAUGCAACAAAGUAGAGAGUCUACAGCAUCCUUAGCCAUCGAUCAACUUGAUUCUGUCUAUUGGGAAUUGAUGCGUAUGUUUCUUAUUGAUUUGCUAAUUGUUGGUGCUCGUGAAUUAAGCGAUACUGCUGGCACAAACAAUGCACAAGAUCAAGAAGACUCUUAUAAAUGGGCAGAGUACAUGUACAUUACUCAAUACAACACUGAACAAAUACGAUCGUUUGUUACUUCACAAAGAGCUAUGACGACAACAAUAUCUGAUAUUGAAGAAGACAAUGAAAGUCAUCAUAGCAAUGGUAGUAGUAGUAGUAGUAGCAGUAGUAGCAGUAGCAGUAGUAAUAGUAACAGCAGCAAUUCAAUAUCCAAUGACGAUUCAAAUGAUUUAGGUGGAGCGACAUUUCUUGCUUCACAAGAGUUCUUAAAUAUAUUCAGAAGACUAGACAGUGAUAACACAGAUCUCUAUAAUGAUCAAGAUGACGAUGAUGAUAGUGAUUCUUUUGACUUGGAUUUUGAUGAAAUUGAUGCUUUACGCAAAUACAGACAAACCUCAUUUGAAACUGAUGUAGGUGUAGUCAAACCAAGAGCAAAAUACGGUGGUCAUUUAAAUAUUGAGACUAUCAAAGAUGUGAAUUUCUAUGGUCGUCAUGAUGAGUACAUUGUGUCUGGAAGCGAUGGCGGUUAUCUGUUUAUUUGGGAUAAAAAGACGACAAAACUGGUAGAGAUUUUGCAUGCAGAUGAAGAAGUGGUGAAUGUUGUUAAAGGACAUCCCACACUACCAAUUCUGGCUGUAUCUGGUAUAGAUUCGACUACAAAGAUAUUUACACCUACUUCUCGGCCCUUUUCAUCAUCGCGCAUCAAAGAGCCUCAUCUUCCUGGAUCCUAUUCUACUUCUUCACACAUGUAUGAAGCACAAGAUAUUAUCAGGUCAAAUCGUGAAGCAAGCAGAAACAGUGGCACUGACAUUUAUGUUACUCAGAGUAUGAUUGCUGCUUUCACUCGACAUCGCCUAAGUAUCCUUGCAGAAGACAAUACGGACAGUGAAGAUGAAAUGAUACUCCUUUAAGUGAAACCCACUGUAAAAGCGAUGAUUCAAUGAGACCAAGUUGCUCAGGGCUCAUGUGCAUUCUAUUGGUUUUGUUUGGUUCAGCCAAAUAAAAUAACGAUCAUCAUUUCCUCGUAUCUUUGUUUCUUUUUUUUUUUUUU